ACGUCUCUCACCCAGUCGCUGUGCAUCGAGAGCGGCGGGAAGCAAUCCAUCUUCCAGUGCCCAUCCGCGAAUUUCCACACCUUGACGGUGUUGUCACAUCCCCCGGAGACGAGCUUCUGGAUCAAGCCCGCGCGGCCAUCGCCCAGGAGAGAUCCGGGCGACGCCGAGGGAGCCCAGGACACCGAGGUGACGCCCACCGGAUGGGCUUGCUGGAUCUUCACCCUGUCCCAGGAUCCAUCCGGCUUGUUCGUGAGCACCGAGAUCGUUCCAUCCGAGGAGCCGCAAGCCAAGCAGAGGCCGAAUUCGUGGGGCGCCCAGGCGAUGCUAUUCACCGACGCUUCGUGCUCCUUGAAGACGUGUGCCUGGAUCCACUGGUUCUCGGCGCCCUCUUUCCAGAUGAUCACCUUGGCAUCGUAGGAGCACGAGGCGAGGAUGGAUCCAAACUUUGGAUGGCCCCAGCAGAUCUGCCACACCGGGCCGUCGUGCCCGCUCAGCGUCGCCAGCAAGUGCUCACCUUGGGAUCCCUGCGGCACGGAGAAAACCCUGACGGAUCGAUCCGAUGAGCACGUCGCCAGGCGCUUGCCGUAGUAAUCCAUCUGCGCGUCGUGGACAAUGUCGGUGUGGCCAGAUUCGAUGCUGUGGGACGACGGCAACUUGUCUCCCGAAGGGACUGGGGACGCAUUCACUGCCGCCAUCGCUGCCGCCAUAGCCCCAACUCCCGAGCUCGAAACCCUAGCUCGAGCGUGCCACUUUGACGGAAUAUGCCUAAGAGCAUAUGCCGCUAGUGUGUUCUCUCGUCGCUACAGCCAAAAUGGAAGACGAGCUGAUAAUCAGGGUUUGUUCUCUCGCCAGAAAUUUGGCUCGUCCCGAGGGAUUCUAGGUGCGUCUAGAGAGGAAUGCGAGGCUGGAGAGAUGUUUUCAUCGAUGUCGGCCCCGCAUUCUCCCGCAGUAAGCAGCUUCGGUGGUUCUUGGGCAAGAAAUUCCAGAUGCUCGAGUCUGGAGCGUCCGGUUUUGUGGAUUUCGAGGUCAAGGCCGCUCAACCGCAGUGUAAGGGCGACGCUCACGGAUGAUUCUUCCUCCUCGAACAACGGGUUUUGCAUCAUCGAGAGCCGAGACACCGUCGUCGAUCUCGCGAAAAUGCAGUUCGAGGAGCUCAGGGACAACGUGAAAAGCCGCCGCAACAAAAUCUUCUUGCUCAUGGAGGAGGUUAGAAGACUGAGGAUCCAGCAGCGAUUGAAAGGCGCCGAGCUAGGCCUGGAAGAGGAGGACGAGGAGAACGAUCUGCCAGAGUAUUCAUCGUUGUUUCCAUUUCUUCCACCUUUGACAUACACGACGUUGAAGUUAUACUAUGCAACUUGCUUUGCCUUUUGCGGUGGAGUCAUCCUUUUCGGUGGCCUUCUAGCUCCUGUUCUGGAGCUCCGACUUGGGAUUGGAUUUACCACCUAUACCGAUUUCAUUCACAAGAUGCAUUUACCCGAGCAGCUAAGUCAGGUCGAUCCAAUCGUUGCUUCGUUUUCGGGUGGGGCUGUCGGAGUCAUAUCGUCUCUGAUGGUGGUGGAAGCUAAUAACAUCCGGCAGCAGGAUAAGCAGAGGUGCAAGUAUUGUCAUGGAACUGGCUAUCUGUCGUGCGCUCUAUGCUCAGCCGCUGGAGAUGUAGCGAGUUCGAAAUCCAUGGAACGUAAGAGAUGUCCAAACUGCUUUGGCGUGACGAAGGUGAUGUGUCCUACUUGUUUAUGCACAGGAAUGGCACUUGCUACUGAACACGACCGUCGAAUCGAUCCUUUCGACUGAUGAGUGAGAAGCGGUGGCAAGUCCAAGGAUCUGACGACGAGGCAAGGAAGAAGUUCCUGUCAAGCAGAGAAGUUGCCUAUUAGAAGAGAGAUCUCAGGAGAUGGGUGAUGGAGAAAGCCGACUUAGCAGCGGGGGAGACGAGGAGAAUGAGCGUGAUGGGCUUGUCUCGGUUCAUAGCCGGCACAGCCACGCCGAGGAUAUGGAUGGAGGAAGCCUUUUCGCGACGCGUUGGAGGACGAUGGAAGCUUUGCUCUUGCGUCCGAGCUUGUCCUGCGAGCUCGACUCUUUCAAUAACCCAUGCACGUACUAUUGUGAUUGAGGCAAAGCCUUCGAUUAAACAACACAUAAGCAGCUAAAAGAUUCAUCACUCCUUC